UUUGAUAUGGAGAAAGAAUUUAUUGAAAGAAAAAUCUUGUCCGGAUGGAUAAGUUUCUUUAGAAAAUGUGUCUUUCGAGUUCUUAGAGUAGGUCCAAUCCCGUCUCACAUUGCAAUCAUUAUGGAUGGAAACCGAAGAUAUGCUAAAACCAAGAAGCUCGAUGAAGGGGCAGGUUAUGAUGUAGGGACUUUGGCUCUCUUGUACAUGCUCGUUUACUGCUACGAGCUCGGUGUGAAACAUCUUACUGUUUAUGCCUUCAGCAUCGAUAAUUUCAAAAGAAAGCCAGAGGAAGUUGAAAAAAUUAUGGAUUUGCUGAGGGGUAGUAUUCCACUCUUGACUAGGAUAGUGAAAUGUUGUCCACUGAGAGUUCAUUUCGCAGGAAACCUACAACUCUUGGGGGCAGAUAUUAGAAUUCCAGCCGAGAGACUUAUGGAAUCUACUGCUGAUAACUCUAAAUUUGUCUUCACGAUUUGCGUUGCCUACAAUUGCACUGACGAGAUCUUGCAUGCUGUUCGAGAAUCAUGCAGGGAAAAAUGUGAUCAUAUUCAAGAAAUCAGGGGAAUUGGUGCUAGCAACGGUUUACUAGGUAAGAACGGAGAUAUUCAUCAGGGUGAUCAAGACCUCAUAAAGUUAGAAGAUAUUGAAAAGCACAUGUAUAUGGGCAUUGCACCAGAUCCUGACAUUUUGAUCCGCACAGCGGGGGAGUACCGCCUAAGCAAUUUCCUUCUGUGGCAGACUUCUUGCAGCCAGUUGUCUUCCUUGUUCACACUUUGGCCCAAGUUUGGCAUCUGGCAUCUGGUGUGGGUGGUCUUGCAUUUUCAGCGAAACCACCCUUAUUUUGGGAAGAAAAAAAAGGCAGCUGUAGACCUUGCAAAUGGUUCAUACUUUUCGUCCUUUCCACCUAGUAAAUCAUAGUUUAGUCGCUAUUAUUCUGGUCAGCGAGUUCUUUCUUGUAUUAGAGUUAACACUCUUGUCCCGCAAUAACAUAUUAUAUGCAACUGCAAUAAACAAGAGACAAUGCACUGUCAAUAGCAUACAAGCCACGCAAAGGGCAUUUUUCUUUUACAUUCCUAGAUGAGGCACAUGUUUUGUUUGCUGCAAUUACAAGCUCCUUUUGCUCCGGACUAAGAUUAUUUCAACGCGAAUUUGUGAAUCUGAAUUCUCCAUAUGUACAAGCAGGGGUA